AUGAUUAAGACAUUAUUUCAAAUAUUUUUUAAUUUAAUUAUUACAUCUUCAACUUCGCAAGUUCAUGUAAUUGAAAUGAUUGAAAUGUUUGAAAAUGGUGAUAAUAAUAGUAAUAAGGAAAAUAAUAAAAGGUUACCUUUUAACAAUAAGAAGAAAAAGGCCGUUAAAGAUUUUUCUAAUAAUGAAAUUGAAACAGUUGAAGAUUUUUCUAAUACUGAAGCUAAAACGGUUGAAGAUUUAUCUAAUAAUGUAACUGAAACAUUAAAUAAUAAAGAUUUAGAUGAUUAUUCAAAUUCAGAUGAAUGUAAUCGUCGAUGUUGUUAUGAAUUAAUUUUAAAAUUUUUAGUUUCUACAAUUAUACUUGCAGUUAUUGGUGGUUUUAUAUGUUUUUUAAAGUUCUUUGUACAAAAAAUAUUUAAAAAUUGA